AUGUUGUACCAAAAUGUUUCUGGACUUAGUAAGAUACAUGAACAAAAUCUUAUUCAUUGUGAUUUUCAUGAUGGCAAUAUUUUAAUUCAUAGAGAUAAAAAGGAUAAAGAAGAUAAAGUUUAUAUAUGUGAUUUUGGAUUAUGCCAACCUGUAAAAUCUUUUUUGAUAGAAUAUGAUUAUUAUGGUGUUAUACCACCAUUUAAUAAUAGAACACAUGACGUUUAUCUUUGUUUAAGUAUUUGUAAAGAUGGUGAACGUCCUGAAAUUAUUGAAAAUACUCCACAAUGUUAUGUAGAUUUAAUGAAAAAAUGUUGGAAUGAAGAUCCAUUAAGAAGACCAUCUUCUAAAGAAGUAUUAAAAAUUAUUGAAAAAUGGAUUUUUUAUUCUUAUGAAGUUAGUGAAGAAUUAAAAAGCAACAUUAUGGAAUUUAUAAAUGCACCAAUUGGGCAGCAUAACAAUCUUGUUAAUGAAUCACAUCCACAAGCAUGUGAUACAAGUAGCUUACUUAAUUUUACUAGUAAAGAAUUGAAUGAAAUUCUUGAAAAUGAAAUGCUAAAUGAAGAUUUAGUAAGUGAAGAUUUGAGUGAAUGUACGGUUAAUUUGAAGUCAUUAGAUGAAAAUACUAGUAAAAAGUUGAAUGAAAUUCUUGAAAGUGAAGAUUCACAAGCUAGUGUAAGAGCAAAUGAAAUGCUAGUAAGUGAAGAUUUGAAUGAUUAUAUGAUUAAAGAUUUGGAAUCAUUAGAUGAAAAUUAACUAAUUUUUUGGGUUUUUUAAAAAAAGAUUUAAUAGUUUUUUUUAAGUUAAUUUUUGAUAUUAUGCAUUCAACAGAAAUUGUUCUUUA